GCGAGCCUUAGUUUGCCCAAGGCGAGGGAGGGCGAGAGAGGCGGGGAGCGAGCGCACGCCGUCAUCCGAGCACACUUGGACAAGUUCGAUUCCAAGUUGGUGUUGUUGUUGUUGUUGGCGGUGGGCUACGCGCGCAACAGCAGCGAGGAGCGGCGUGCACAUGUAGCUUUCACUUUCACUUUCCACUGCCUCCUUCUUCAAGACUCACCACAGAGGGAAGGGACGAGGCCGGGCGGGACAGGCGUCAUUCCAGUUCCUAAAAGCCAAGGGAAAGUAGAGUAUUUGAAGAAGAAGAUGAAUGCCAGCGACGAGAACCUGCUCAAGUCCAUCAGCAACGACGCGCUCCUCGACCUGACGCAGCGCUACGGUCAGUCCGCCUUCGGCUUCGGCGCCGCUCACGGUGCGGGAAGCCCGGGUCGCUUCCCUCUCACGCCGGCCGCCGACUUCCUGAGCGGUCAGACGGCCAAGUCCAACGAGAGCGGCGGGGAGCAUACCAGCGACGACGAGGACGGCUUUGACUCCCUGGAGUCGCGGAAAAGAGGCGCUCCGUUCGGGGACGACAAGCCCGGGGGUCCCCUGGCCAAGAAGUCCAAGGAGCAGCGCUCCCUGCGGCUCAGCAUCAACGCCCGGGAGAGGCGGAGGAUGCACGACCUCAACGACGCGCUGGACGGCCUGAGAGCCGUCAUCCCUUACGCCCACAGUCCGUCGGUGAGAAAACUCUCAAAAAUAGCGACUCUGCUCCUGGCCAAGAACUACAUCCUCAUGCAGGCUCAGGCUCUGGAGGAGAUGCGGCGGCUGGUGGCCUACCUCAACCAGGGACAGAGCCUCUCCUCCCCGAUCCCCACCGCCCUGGCGCCUUUCGGCCAGGCCGCCGCCGUGUACCCUUUCUCGGGCUCGGCCCUGGCCAACUGUGCCGACAAGUGCUCUACUUUCUCCGGUACACCGUCCACUCUCUUCAAACAUUGUAACGACAAGCCUUGAUCUGCCCCAAAGUGUCUUUUCUCCCUGAACUUUUCAACCAUUCUGAAUCAGCAUGGCUCUUUCUUCCCUUCUACUUAUUUUGAAAUCAUGCUGUGGGAUGAAAAAAAUACAAAAAGUCUAAUCUUGCAUAAUUUUGAUCUAGUAAUGUAACGAAAACCGCAUAGGUAUAAAUUGUUUAGGCCUUCUUAUAAAGUCAAGCCCUAAAUGAGACCAGGCCAUGUCCAAAUGUUCUAUUAUUUUUGAAUUGAUGUUAUCCAUGCAACAUCCAACAACAACAACACAUAGAGUGAAUUUUAAUUUACACUAAAUAAUUUCCCUUCAUGUUUUGUUGCCUAUUUUGUUUUCCAGAAUAAUGUAUUAUUUUGGUCAAGGUCUUGCACAUGUCACAUGAUUGUAUUGUUCAAAUGUGGGAAACAAAAUUACAAACAAUGCUAAUACACUCAUGGCGUGCAAUUAAAAAAGUGUUUUCGGUUGAGUUGCAACAUGAAUUUCAUGAAUUGUUUACAUGUGUUUAUAAUUAAAAAAAAGUCAU